GCUAAACAUAAAGGACCAGAGGAAAGAAAGCUGCAGAUUUCCACUUACUUCUUCUUCUUCUUCUAAUCUUCUCUCUGUUUCACAUCUCUGUCUUCUUUGUUUCAGUCAAUGAUGGAUAAACAUGUAGUUCCCGCUCAGCCAUCGGCAUCAUUUGAGUAUCCAAAAUUUGAUUAUGAGCUAGUGGAUACUAAUCCUGAUCGCCUGAAAACUGUUGUAGCCUAUUCAGAGCAGAAAACUGCAUGGAUUGAACCUGCAAAGUUGAAACUGAGACACAGGAUUGGGAGGGGACCCUUUGGUGAUGUCUGGUUAGCAACCCAUCAUCAGUCAACUGAAGAAUUUGAUGAGUAUCAUGAGGUGGCUGUCAAGAUGUUACAUCCCAUCAAAGAGGACAACAUGAAGGCUGUGUUGGAUAAACUUGAAGAUGUUUUUUACAAGUGUCAAGGGGUAGAAGCUCUGUGUCGGCUACACGGAACUUCUAUUAUAAAUGGAAAGAUAUGCAUUGCAAUGAAAUUGUAUGAAGGAUCUAUUGGUGACAAAAUGGCUCACCUCAAAGGAGGAAAGCUCUCACUUCUUGAUGUUUUGAGGUAUGGAAUCACAGUGGCUAUGGGGAUUUCCGAGCUGCACUCUAGAGGGAUCUUGGUUCUUAAUCUCAAACCUUGUAAUGUUCUUUUAGAUGAAAAUGACCGAGCAAUUCUUGGAGAUUUAGGUAUUCCUUAUCUAUUGCUUGGCAUUCUAUCGGUAAGCUCGGACAUUACUCGGAGGCUUGGAACUCCAAGCUACAUGGCACCUGAACAAUGGCAACCAGAAGUAAGAGGUCCGAUAUCCUUUGAGACCGACUCAUGGGGUUUUGGAUGCAUCAUUGUAGAGAUGUUGACUGGCGUGCGGCCGUGGUGUGGGAAAUCUGUUGAUGAAAUACAUUCUUCAGUUGUCAUAAAGCAAGAAAAACCAGACAUACCUAGUGGCCUUCCUCCUGCAAUUGAGAAUAUUCUUCUAGGCUGCUUUGAGUAUGACUUUCGGAGUCGUCCGUCACUAACGGACAUAUUGCAUGCUUUCACAAGCUUGCAGAAUGCAGUCAAUGAUUUAGACUGGACAUAUGUUGGGACUAGAGCGAUCACUGAGAAAUCAAGUAGCACUGUUUACACUGAGUGGUUUCUUUCAAAGGAUCAUCUACUGGUGGGUGACAUAGUUCGUUCCAGAAAGUCACCAAACUCAUGUAAGCCUGAAAUCAUGGAUGUUCCAGAAGGCACAGUGGUGGGUAUAGAACAUGAUACGGAGCAACAUGGGUUUGUCUUGGUGAGGGUUCAUGGCAUCCAUGACCCAUUGAGGGUUCCUGUUUCAACUCUGGAGCGGGUUACUUUUGGCUUGGCAGCUGGUAACUGGGUACGGUUGAAGAAAGAAGACAAGAAACACUCACCAGUGGGUAUUCUCCAUUCUAUCAGUCGAGAUGGUAAUGUAACUGUUGGAUUUAUAGGGUUGGAAACUCUUUGGAAGGGAACUUCUUCAGAGUUUCAGAUGGCAGAAUCCUAUCGUGUGGGUCAAUUUGUAAGGCUAAAAGCCAAUGUUCUGAGCCCCCGAUUUGAAUGGCCUCGUAAGACCGGAGGGAAAUGGGCUACUGGUAAGAUAUGCUGGAUCCUACCAAAUGGGUGCCUUGUUGUGAAGUUCCCAGGAAUACUGACUUUUGGGCAUGAAAACUCAACUUUUGUGGCUGAUCCCGCUGAGGUCGAAUUGGUUACAUUUGAGUCUUGCCCAGGAGUGGUGAAGAAGUACCACCAUCUUGAGGAUUUUCAUUGGGCAGUGAGACCAAUUCUGAUUGCAAUGGGCCUAUUUACGGCCAUGAAGAUGGGCAUCUUUGUUGGUACAAAAGUUGGCAAGUGUAAAGCGAAGAAACGAUGGAGUGCAGCUAUACAGGAUGAGUGUCAACAUUCAGAUGUGCAGAAUGCAGGAAAUCCAGCAUGGAAGAAUCCGGUGACAAAGAUCCUUUUCAGAGAAGGUGGCAGUUCUGCCACAAGUAUUGCGCGUUAGCUUUAUGUCCUGUUCAUCUGCCCAGGAGCUAGCUAAACUUGUAGGUCCUCCAGAUCUGGUGUAACCAAAGCUAUCAUAGGGCUAUAUACUCUUUAACUUCUGCUGAAGUUCAGUCCGUAUCAUGUCAACUUUAGGGCAGACAUAUUUCGCUCUGUCGUGUAUAUAAAUGUAUAUAUCUUGUCAA